UCAAUUAAUUCGGAUUUGUUCGGCGUUAAUCCAAAUUUGUAAACACGUGAAAAAUUAAAAAUAUAAUAAAUUAAACAUGGCAUCAAAGGCUCCAGAAAAAGAGAAAAUUAUCAAAAGUGUGCCAAAAACGUCAAAUGAAAAGCGUUUGAUCGUCAUAUUAGAAAAAGCGUCACUUGAGUCUGUAAAGAAUGGGAAAACAUUUGAGCUUCUGAACUGUGACAAACAUAAAAGUGUGGCAAAAAAGUUUAAAAGAGAUAUUUCAACCUGUCGACCAGAUAUUACACAUCAGUGCCUGUUGAUGUUACUGGACAGCCCGUUAAACAGAGCUGGUUUGUUACAAGUUUAUAUACACACAGAGAAAAAUGUCCUCAUAGAGGUCAACCCUCAGACAAGGAUACCGAGAACUUUUGACAGAUUUAGUGGUCUGAUGGUUCAGUUAUUACACAAGCUCAGUAUACAUGCAGCUGAUGGUCCUCAAAAAUUGUUAAAGGUUAUAAAGAACCCAGUGACAGAUCAUUUACCUAUAGGAUGUAAGAAGAUUGGUAUGUCAUUUAAAGCGGAGAAAUGUGUUGAUCCACGGACCUUAGUUCCUUCUGAUGAUCCUGUAGUGUUUGUGGUAGGGGCCAUGGCUCAUGGCAGUAUUGAUACAGACUAUACAGAAGAGGAAUACUCAAUCAGUAAUUAUCCACUCUCUGCUGCUUUAACUUGUGCAAAACUGUGUAAUGCCUUUGAAGAGAAAUGGGACAUCAUGUGAUCAAAUUAUAUUUUGUGUGUUUAAUAUUAAAAGAUGUAAAAAUACA